AUUAAGGGAAAAAAAAAAAAAACCAAAGGAAAAGCUUGAAGAAAAAGUUGAGAAAUUUAUCUGCUACCGGUGGUGGUGAGAAAUUUGUUCUAUGUGUGAUAAUUGGUUCCACAUAAUUGAGAUUUCGUUCUCUUACUGGGUCCUCAAGUGAUACGAAGAAGAAGAAGGAACAAGUGUGAAAUUCUGCUGGGAAAUGCUUGGUUGACAACUUGGGAAGAAAGCUCGGACAAAAUGGAGGUGUCGGCACUCGGUGUUGGUGUCCAACAUGUCCUCUGCGGCAACUCCGUUCCAUUUAUUCCCUCAGUGACGCCAUGGAGCACAAGACUGAAGACUUCUCAUGUUUGUUGUGCCACAACUCUUGACAAAGAGCCCCUCCGCCGGCAGCCUCCCAAUUCUGACACUAGGAGGGUCACAAGGCCUCACUCCAAGCAAUAUUUGGCUAGACAAUCGGCAAUUCUUCAAGUCCAACAGUCCUCUGACUUGGAAUCUGCUCUUACACGAUUAGGUGGAAGUUUGAAGGUUCAAGACUUGAAUGCCAUAAUACGCCAUUUUGGGAUGCUGAAAAGAUGGCAUGAUCUUUCCCAGCUCUUUGAAUGGAUGCAACAGAAUGGAAAAAUUAGUGUGUCGUCAUAUAGCAGCUAUAUAAAAUUCAUGGGGAAGAGCCUCAAUCCCGUAAAAGCACUAGAAAUUUACAAUAGCAUUCAAGAUGAAUCAACCAAAAAGAACGUUCACAUAUGCAAUUCGGUUCUUGGUAGUCUGGUCAGGAGUGGCAAGUUUGAUGGCAGUAUUAAGUUAUUUCACCAGAUGAAGCAGGAUGGCUUAACACCAGAUGCUGUUACCUAUAGUACGCUGCUUGCAGGUUGCAUCAAAUUCAAACACGGUUAUUCGAAGGCAUUAGAGCUAGUUCAAGAAUUACAGAAUAAUGAGCUGCAGAUGGACAGGGUAAUAUAUGGUACACUUUUGGCUAUCUGUGCUUCAAAUAAUAAAUGGGAGGAAGCAGAAAGUUAUUUUAAGCAGAUGAAGGAUGAAGGUCAUAUACCAAAUGAAUUCCAUUACAGCUCUUUGCUCAAUGCUUACUCUAUCAGCGGGAACUACAAAAAGGCUAAUGAUGUGGUGCAAGAUAUGAAAUCUGCAGGGUUAGUACCUAAUAAGGUUAUUUUGACAACUUUAUUGAAGGCUUAUGUCAGAGGUGGGUUGUUUGAAAAAUCAAGAGAAUUAUUAGCCGAACUGGAAGCUUUGGGAUAUGCUGAAGAUGAGAUGCCAUACUGUCUAUUGAUGGAUGCCCUUGCUAAGGCUGGGCGUAUACAAGAUGCUAAAUUGGUUUUUGAUGAAAUGAAGGAGAAAUCCGUACGAUCAGAUGGAUAUUCCUACAGUAUCAUGAUUUCUGCUUUCUGCCGAGGUGGGCUUGUAGAUGAUGCAAAGCAGUUGGCUAAGGAUUUUGAAAGAACUUAUGACAAAUAUGAUUUGGUUAUGUUGAAUACAAUGAUCUGUGCCUAUUGCAGAGCAGGUGAAAUGGAUAGUGUAAUGGAAAUGCUGAGAAAAAUGGAUGAAUUAAAAAUCAUACCUGAUAAUAAUACCUUCCAUAUUCUAAUAAAGUACUUCUGUAAGGAGAAGUUAUACAUGCUUGCUUAUAAGACCAUGGAGGACAUGCACAACAAAGGCUACCCACCAGAUGAGGAACUUUGUUCCUCCUUAAUGUUUCAUCUUGGUAAGAUAAGAGCAUAUUCAGAAGCAUACUCUAUUUACAAUAUGCUAAGGUAUAGUAAGCGAACCAUGUGCAAGGCCCUUCAUGAGAAGAUUCUACACAUUCUAGUAGCAGGAAGGCUUCUCAAAGAUGCUUAUGUAGUAGUCAAGGAUAAUCCAGGGUUGAUUUCUAAGCCUGCUACAAUGAAAUUUGCAACUGCAUUUAUGAAAUUGGGAAAUAUCAACUUGAUAAAUGAUGUUUUGAAGGCAAUUGAUGGUUCUGGUUUCAAGAUUGAUCAGGGAAUAUUUCAGAUGGCCAUAUCACGUUAUAUUUCGGACCCUGACAAGAAGGACCUGCUUCUUCAGUUACUACAGUGGAUGCCGGGACAAGGUUAUACUGUGGAUUCAUCUACAAGAAACCUAAUACUGAAAAACUCUCACUUAUUUGGUCGCCAUCACAUUGCCGAGAUGCUGUCAAAGCAGCAUAUGAUAUCAAAAGCUUCAAAAUCUACUAAAGAUAAGUGAGUUGGAAACUGUGCAAUUCCAGGUACCUUACACCAUGGUUGGUUCAGCACUCCGUGAAAAAAAUUUGUUGUUGGAUGCUUAUAGUGGUUCACACUACCAGUAUAAUCGGUCUGCUGCUUGGCUUAUUGAAACCUAAGCUUCCUUAACUGGUUUAGGGCAUACUAACCCAUGUAUAGUGCUAGAUUGUAUUAUUUUAGAUUAUAUAACCCUGCAUGCAUGUAAUCAGAGACUGGAACUAAUUGCUAAUUCUUUUGCUAUACAAAAUGGCGCAUCUUUAUCUUCUUUUGUUAAGACAA